UUGGAGAUGUUAUGAAAAAUACAAUUGUAAGAUUUAUACGCCUAUGAUUGGUCAAUUAACGACGAAUAGUAAGAAAUACAUUCAUUCUUACGUCGUCAUUUGGUUAUUUUUGUAAUAUAUACAUGUUUAUUGUUGCGUUUGUAGAAUAAUAUUUUUUUAAAUAUAACUAAUAUAGAGGAUAUACAUAAUUGAUAAUUCGUUGACUAAGCGGUACGAAGAAAAAAUAUGAUUCAAUAGUAACGAUUAAUAUUAUUUUUUAAAUAUAUUGUUUAUAUAUUUGAAAUAAAUGUGUAUAAGAUAAAAUGGAGAGUGACAUUCCUUUGAUAUAUGGACUUGAAUUUCAAACUAGAGCGUUAUCAGCACAAACUGCAGAAACUGAUAUCGUUAGAUUUCUAGUAGGAACUCAAUCAUUAAAAUUGACUAACAAUCAAGUACAUUUAGUUGAACUUAAUGAAGAAACUAAUGGUUUAAAAACCCAAGUAUUUCAGCAUCCAAUCGGUGAAAUAUGGUCUUUGCAAGCAUCACCAACCGAAUCUUCUCUAUUUAUUACUUGUUACAAUAGUUUAAAUGAUGAAGGAACGUGUCAAAUGAAAGGAGCACUUUGGAAGUUACCUGAAAUAAAAGAAUACACAAAUGACAGUAUACAAUUGGAGAUGCUAGCAGAAAUUGAUACGACUAAGUAUGGUAGUGAUUUAAAAACUAUCGCUUAUCAUCCUAUGGAUGGUACAAAAGCAAUAUCGGUUGUAGAUAAAUGCUUUGCGCUAUGGGACCUUGGUAACAGUAAACCACAAGUUGCAGUAUCUGGUGUUUUAUCUGGCAAAAAUUUACCACGGUUUACAAAUGGAAAAUGGAAUCCUCAUAAUGGGUGUAACCAAUUUGUAACAUUAGAUGAAAAUAAUAUUCAAGGUUGGGAUUUAAGAGCACCGUCAGAUCCUUCGUGGACAAUUACAUCUGCUCAUUCGCAGAUAAUUAGAGAUUUAGAUUUCAAUGUUAAUAGACAGUAUUUUUUGUCUACCUGUGGUGAUGAUGGAUACAUGAAAUUCUGGGAUAUUCGAGAACCAAGUGAGCCUGUAUUAUCGCGUAUGGAACAUUCUCAUUGGGUUUGGAAUAUAAGAAUCAAUCGUUUUCACGAUCAACUAGUUUUAACAUCGAGUAGUGAUUCUAGAGUUAUUUUAUAUAGUAUUGUAUCUAUUUCCUCUGAACCAUAUGGGCACAUAGUUUCACCAGAAGAUGACAAUGGUCAAUCUGAUGAAAUGUGCCAAAAAGAAAAAUUGGAAGACGGUGUUGUUGAGAGAUACGAAACACACGAGGAUAGUGUUUAUGCAGUUGAAUGGUCUUCUGCUGAUCCUUGGACAUUUGCUUCGUUAAGUUAUGAUGGUAGAUUAGUUAUAAACAAAGUACCCCGAAAAUAUAAAUACCAAAUACUUCUUUAAAUUAAAUACUGCAUUUAUUAAAUUAUUCCGAGUUAUUUUUU